ACGGCUCCUCUUGUCGUUUCUACUCCGUCGUCAAGUCCUUGUCAUCAGCUUUGAUCCGGCUAUAACUAUCUCCUCUGUGGACGCAUUUACUUGCUACUGUACCAACUAAGCCGUUAUGGACGUCAAAGCAAUCAACGAAGCGAAGACAGCGCUUCAAAAGGCUGUCGAUACGGGGAAGAACGAGGAAGUCAUCGAUAUUAUCGUACAGUUGAAGAAGGGUGUCAAGCCGACUGAGGCGCUGCUGAGGGAUACAAGGAUCGGAGUCGCUGUUGGAAAGCUGAGAACGCACAAGUCCGACGCCGUCGCCCGUGCCGCAAAAGAACUUGUCGGAGUAUGGCGAAACGUCGUGAAGCCCGCUGAAGCCAAACCUUCUCCUUCAGCUGCUGCUACGCCUUCGGGAAAGUCUGCUACACCUUCGGGAAAGUCUGCUACACCUUCGGCGCCGAUGUCAAAAACAAACUCACAAGCGACGACGGGAGCAUCGCCGUCGAUGGUUAGGAAUGUGGAGACGGAUGGGGUUGCGUCGAAGGUGAUGUGUAGGGAUGACCGGACGAGGAAUCAGUGUAUCAAGUUGAUGUAUGAUGGGUUGGCGUUUGACCAGUCUGCGCCAUCGGAAAUCAUCUUGAAGUGCGCGAUGAAGAUCGACGAGGAGAUGUACAACCUUGUUGGAAAAGAAGUUAACAAAACAUACCGCGACAGAAUGCGCGGUCUUCUCCUCAACCUGAAAGACAAGAAGAACCCGGCACUCCGCGAAGCCGUCCUCAAUGGAAGCAUCAAAGCGGACAGACUUGUGAACAUGAAACCAGACGAGCUCGCAUCAGAAGAGAAGAAACAUGAAGCACAAAAGAUCAAGGAACACAAUUUGUUCUUGGCGCAAUCGGCGACGAACACGGGUGCGGUCACGGAUUUGUUUCAGUGUGGAAAGUGUAAGGAGAGGAAGGUAUCGUAUUACCAGAUGCAGACGAGAUCUGCUGAUGAGCCUAUGACGACGUUUUGUACGUGUACUGUGUGUGGGAAUAGGUGGAAGUUUUCGUAGGUGGUUGUGUUGGGGAGAUUGGUAGCGAGCAGCGCCCAGGCGUGGGAGUUGAGGUCGGCGUUGGCAUGGGCAUGGGCAUUUGGAGCAUGCGACGUGAAGAGAGGAGUUUUACGGUUGCUACUUCUUCGAUUCUACAUGAUAUUAAGAUGAACCGCUGGGCGUUCAACGUGGUGCAGCUGACUGUGGCACGUCGAUCGAGGCCGUUCGAACGAGACCUCUGUUCGGCAGAUGGCCCAGCAACAGAGCGUAACAAUACAUGCCCUUUCCCGU